AUGACUUCCAAAUCCAAAUUCCGCGAUCUACCCCGCGUCGCGGGGCCCUUGACCUGCCCAUACAAGGGAGCAGCUCUCCUCAAAUCAUCUCAAUUUAACAAAGGCUCCGCUUUUCCAGAACAUGAGCGAACAAAAUUCAAGCUCCACAGUCUCCUCCCGCCAAAUAUCCAGACACUGGAUGAGCAGGUCCAGCGCGCUUAUCAGCAAUAUCAAAGCAGACCAGAUGAUCUAGCCAAGAACACCUUUCUGGCUAGCAUGAAAUCGCAGAAUGAAGUGCUGUACUACAAGCUCGUGCAAACCCAUCUCAAGGAGAUGUUCAGCGUGAUAUACACGCCUACUGAAGGAGAUGCGAUUGAGAAUUACUCCCGAUUAUUUAGGAAGCCGGAGGGAUGUUUCUUGAAUAUCAAUGACCAAGACCACUUUGACGAGUAUCUCGCUGGGUUUGGGACUGAGGAGGAUGUUGAUUAUAUUGUUGUCAGUGAUGGAGAAGAGAUCUUGGGCAUUGGGGACCAGGGUGUGGGCGCUAUUCUCAUAUCGGUUGCCAAACUCGUUAUUACUACGCUCUGUGCUGGUAUCCACCCUUCGCGACAGCUUCCUGUUGUACUGGAUUGCGGGACAGAUAACGAAGAGCUGCUCAAUGACAGACUGUAUCUAGGCCUCCGACAGCGUCGGGUCAGAGGGGAGAAGUACGAUGAAUUUGUGGAUAAAUUUGUCAACGCUGCCCGCAAACAAUUCCCCAAGGCUUACAUUCACUUCGAGGACUUCGGGCUCAAUAAUGCACGGAGAAUACUAGAUAGGUAUCAGUCACAGAUACCCUGUUUCAAUGACGACAUCCAGGGCACGGGGUGUGUCACGCUCGCUGCCAUGUUGUCUGCCCUUCAAGUCAGCCAGAUCAAACUCGAAGAUGUGCGAGUCGUGAUCUUCGGCUCGGGAACGGCUGGUACGGGCAUUGCCGACCAGAUUUCAGAUACCAUCGCCACCGAGACACGAAAGUCGAAGGAUGAAGCAUCCAAGCAGAUCUGGUGCAUCGACAAGCCCGGUCUCCUCACAAAGUCUCUCGGUGAUAAGCUGACCGAAGGCCAGAAAUCUUUCGCACGCGAUGAUGACCAGUGGUCGGAAAAUGAUCGAGAUCUUCUAUCGGUCAUCAAAAAGGUCCAUCCCCAUGUACUUAUCGGGACAUCCACCAAGCCCGGAGCAUUCACCGAAGACAUCAUCCGUGAGAUGGCCGACAAUGUAGAACGACCAAUUAUAUUCCCCCUCAGCAAUCCAACACGACUCCAUGAGGCAAAGCCGGCUGAUCUCUAUAAAUGGACCGACGGGCGAGCCCUCGUUGCCACAGGCAGUCCCUUCCCGCCAGUUACCCAUAACGGCACGGAAUAUGACAUUGCGGAAUGCAACAACUCAACCUGCUUCCCGGGCAUUGGUCUUGGAGCAGUCCUCUCACAGUGUAGUCUCAUGUCCAAGAAGAUGCUAGUCGCUGCCGUGGAAGCACUCAAGGCGCGGUCACCAGCUCUGAAAGACCCCGCCAAGCCGUUGCUGCCCGAUGUGGAAGACGUGCGUGAAAUCAGUGUGGAUAUUGCCGCGGCUGUGAUAUCGUGUGCUGUGGAGGAGGGACUGGCACAGGCUAAGGGCAUUCCUACCACUGACUCGGAGCUGCGAGAGUGGAUUCGAGUCCAGAUGUGGGAGGCUGAGUACCGGCCUCUAGUCUACGAGGAUUAA